AUGCCUCCCCUAAGAUGCCCUUCUGGGCCCGUGGUGAGCCUUUGUCGCCUUCAGGUACGUUAUGGAGGGCGUUUGGGGCCGCCCCUGGGUAAUUGCCCGCUUAUGUGUUUACAUACUUGGGUCAAGAGUGACAUCUCCGUUCUGUUGCAAAGGGGAUAUCAACAAGAACCUGAUCAUGAGGCGCAUCACGCCCCGUGCACAAUUUCAGUUCCUGGUCGUAAAAGGAGAUUGGAGAAGGAAAUUUGUCUGUUUAACUCUCUUCCUUCUGCAGUGUGUUUCUUAGUUGUGAAUAUGGGGCAGGGUUUUGCACUCUUGCCCUAG